UAUGCCCAUACAAAACUGUUUCAAAAUGGAUUUCUGGAGUUGAGAAUUUAGGAAUUGCUUAUUCCAUCGCUUAUUAAAGUAUUCAACGCAGAAGAGUCACUGUUAAAUCAUUGUUUUAGGGUCUUACCAACAGUAUGAUCUCUGAGCCAAGAUGAAGAUCUCAUUAUUGUAAGCAUCUAAAACGAAGUGUGAUAAUAUUCAACUCAACUGACACACAAUGGAAACGGAUUCUGACCAACGCUCAUCUGCCGGGACCAGUUCUCUGCUUAAACCAGUUCCGAUGUACUACGUUGAUCAGUUCCAGAAACUCUAUCAGCAGAGCCCCAUGGCCAAGGUGUUUCUGCAGGGGCUGACGGUGAAACAAAGCCCUAAAAAACCCGUCUCGAGGGACGGUGGCAGCAGGAACUCAACAACGGCCAAGAGGUUCAAGAUUCCACUUGUCACUCCUAAAAAGUCAAUGCCAGCAAAGUGUGCCCAAAGCCAAGACUCACAACCGGUGGAACAUGAAAAGGAACUGCCCAAGGCAAGAAGUUCAGCAGGCCCGAGGAUCAGAGAGGAACUGUUAACAAGAACGCCCGAGGGCAGCUUGUCCAGUUUCAACUCCAGUAAUUCUUGGGAUUCACCUCAAGAUGAAGUGGUUAUCGUAGAGGGUAAUCAGACAGUUCUAUCCCCACAGCCUCGUCUUCAUCAGGGUCUACAAAGACAGAGUAAUCGUAGACAGAGGACACCCAACCUGCACAGUCUCAUUCAGAAGCUAGCUUCCCCUGAUAAGGAAAGAACCCCUGAUGAACAUCCCAGGUGUGGGGGCGAUGUCGUUAAGCAGGGAAGACAGAUUCCUGAUGAUUUGUUCACGCCAACAACUUCACAUCACAGGUUGGCGUAUGAGAAUGAAGACGGUAAUAAUGUAUCAGGCGCUAUCAUUAGGACUAGUCAAGCGAAAUCGCGGCUUGAUAAGGAUCCAGAACCAACCUUUGAGGAAUCCCAUCAGGACAACUCUGGAGCCGGUAUUUAUGAGGGUCAAAAGAGGUCAGUGCAACAACGUGGACUUUAUCAAGACCGUAACCUGGCAAGCCCCCAUCAAGAAUCAAAGAGGAGUACGCAGUCCAGCAUGAGAGACGUUGAUGGUCGGUCCAACCAGACUCCUAAAGGUACUCAAGUAUUGACUUUGUCCCCCCUGGUGACACCUGAGGUAUCGGAGGUCUCACUGUCUGACGAGACGCCUGUGAAUCACAGGAGCGAUCGGCUGAAAUCUAGAUCAAAGGGAAGUAAACGUUAUGCAGGAUGUCUGAUCAGGAGUCUACAGGCUCUCGAAGAAGAAAGUCUCAGAUCGGAGAUUCCGUAUGAAGGAAGAGUGGCAGGCAGCCAAGAAACCAGUGAGGAUGGAAAUGAUGAGGAUGAUGAUAGAAUGGAAAGAGAAUCGCCAGAUGAUGAGGAAGAAGAAAGUGAGGACGAGGCAGCUGAAGAUGACUUGGGCAAGAGGGGAGAGGACGAAACUACGGUGGGGAAGGAAAUGUCAGAGACAUCAGAUCCAACUGAUGUAGGGAUGGAAGAACAGGUGGUGGAUAAUAAUGAUAAUUUCUCACUGGAUAAACCAAUACAUGAAGAGAUAAACGACCCUGAGGAAAUAGAGCAUGGUGAUGGACGGCAGCGGAACAAAAGCUCAACCUCUGACGAGACGCCCAGGAUACCCAAGAAGAAGCCAGAAACGAUCAUCAACCGAUGGAUCGUCAAGCCAGUGCCAAAAUGUGAAGGCGUGUGUGUUGAGGGUCACAGAGUUGGAGACCAUGCAGGCCAGUUCUGGCACAGCACAGCCAUCAGCGUACGGAUCAAACCUCGCUUACUAGCCACAAAGUCUGGUACCCUGUAUCGUCUUUCAGGCAAGAUGGACCGAACACUAGCCAUGGAACAGGGAUUUUCAGAACAAUUUGUUCGCAGUUUUCAAAAAGGCUUUCCUCCAAACUGGCAAGAGUUGCUGUAUGAUCACUUCCUUGAUUCAGAAAAAAUGGAAUCAGGAAUGGAAUCCAACGAGGCGACCCAUCAGAAGGAGCCUCUUGGACUGUCUCCUGUGCCGAUCCUCGUUGAGCAAACCUUCAACGAUUCCAUCAAGAAAGUCAAGAAGAAAAACCUAGUUGAAUUGACACCUCAGAAUCUUUGCGUAAAGGACCUGCACCGAUCCAGUAGCGGUCGUCUGCUCAAGCCUCCCCUAGCGUACUGGACUGGCCAGCGCAUCCGUCACAACACCUCCCUAGACUUUGUUGAGAUCCUCUCAGGGACAGAAGACCUCACGUCUGUGUCUGCUUCCAAGAUAAGUCUGCAAGAUUCUCUGGAAAUUGGACCGAGAGCAGUGCGAGCAAAGACACGCAAUUAUAUUAAGAAAGAGAAGGCGGUGGACACAGCGAAACAGAAGAAACACAAAACACAACUGAAAAAAAGCAACUACCAAGAGCUGGAGAGUGAGGGAGAUAACACGACUACUUCGUGUUUGGACACAGAUACUGAUACCACAGUGGUACCAACCGGUAAAAGUCAGCAACACCGAAAGUCUAAAGGGAAUGAUUUGGCCAGAAGGGCACUCAGGAUAACUAGGAACACUGCAGCUUCAUCUGAUAAUACAGAUGCACCUCAAGACGAUGGUACACUUUGCUCUGAGAGAAAAGGCAAACCUAAACGAGGUCAGGGUCGACCUCCCAAGCAACGCCUUGCUGAGAGUGAUAGUUCAGUUGUUUUGAAACCAAUCGAUGAGUCAAGGAGAGGUGUCCCAAGUCAUGAAAUAGUUACGAUGCAUGCGUCAAGUCGGCAGGACUGUCAGAAGCAACCUCCCCCGCCGCGAAAAAACAGAGUCAGGAAGAUUGUGGAUGGAAGCACUCGGCAUCCAAGUGGGGCACCGGUUUCACCACUUUAUUAUCAAGUAAGCCCAGGAACAGAAGAGGAAGUCGCCCAGGCUAAGUCCGACUUUUCUGGGAAAACGCUAAAUGGUGUUGAGGGGAGCAGCGAGUCACAAGGGAGCGUUGACAGUCAGGUGUCCUCAGACACAGGGCUGUGUGAUGAGAAAUCUGUGCCAGAAGUUUUUCAAUCAAAGCAUCCCUCUAAGGCAAAUGUAGCACCAUCGACGUUGAACCUUCAGCAGGAGAUCUUGGCGGUAGUGGAGAAGCAUAAACAAGGGCGCAUUGCCAAGAUGAGAGAAAGAACCGUGAGGAUAUCGGCAUCCAGCGCCGAGAGGAUCAAGGUCAGUCAUUCAUCCAGCACAUCGGAUGUCUAUGACUUGAGCAGUGAUGAAGACAACCCUCAGAGAGUUCUCUUCACUCAAACCUCAACGACAGCGGGAGAGUCGGUGAGUAAUUGGAGCGAAGAGGGAGAAAAAAGCGUCAACAUGACGUGGGUGACCAGGGGUAAACCCCACAGGCGAGUUUACGGCACCCUAGAGGAUCCUAACUACAACACCGACGGGACUACCACAGAAACGACCACUGUCCCCGACAGUGAGAAUCCGUCUAAGGUUAUCAAUAUUUCAAGCUCAGACGAUGAGACUAAGUGCUCGGAGAAUUCUGAUUCUUUAAGAAAAAACUCAAAAAAAUCAUCGGGCAGUCGUUCCCGAAAGGCGAUCCAGAGAAAACCUGUCCAGACAUCAGAAGAUGACCAAUGUCGUGAGAAACAUGUGGUACCCUUAAGAACUUCAACAGGGCGAUUCACAAGCUCCGAAACCUCAUCAGAGGAUACUGACGACACAAGUAAACACCAGAAGCAACCUGUCCAUCGCGGACUGAGCAAGAAAGCAGUGGUCAUCCAGAGGCAUCAACCCAGGAGAAACUGUCAGAGAGCUGAGAAUGAUUCUGAAACUAAGAAGACCACUCAAAACCAUUUAGCUGUAAGCAAAAACCAAGCAGCAGCUUGGCAUCAAAAGACUCACUCCAAAACAACUGAUGAAGUAUCUGAAAGAGACAGCCACGAUGGUCUCAGUAGGAAUAGGCUCCACCAGGGGAAAAUAUCUGGAUCCCCUAUCAAGACCAACGUCAUGCAAAAAGGAAGGGUACAAAAUAAGAAAACUAGGGAUAGGCCGUCGAACAGAACACCGAGCGUCGAAGACGGAAAUGAAGAAAGCGUUUGGCAAAUCGAUGAGCCUGAACUUUCACAUCGUCCAACAAGGUUAAGUCCUGCAAAUUCUGUCGCUACAAAGUCAACAAAAGAGCAAUCCAAACAGCAGGAGAAUCAAGCAAAAACUUCAAUAGCUCUAACGGCCAAGGUGGGUACAAUGAAGAGGAAACGACAGCUGAGGGACCUGGUGGAGCAACACAAUCGAGGGUAUGAGGAUGACAUCUUUGAAUCCACGCCGUUCAAGAAACAGAAGAAACUCAAGAUACCACUUGGAGAAUGGGAGAUAGACGAAGAAGAAGGCCCAGCUGGAAAGACUCCUGGGUCCGCAAAAUUCAAGACGCCAAGCAUCCGCCAUCAGGGGGUGCUACCCCUAUCGGAUAAGAAAACACCAUACUCCAACCUCAUUAGUCCUAGUCUGCUGCCCUCUGUUGACAGGAAGCACAUUGAUCAAUAUAUCCAUGGUUUGCAGAAGAAGAAGAAAGCCCGCGGAUUCACGCAGAGGUCGUUCACCUCAAAUAAGGUCGGCAGAGGAAUUGCAAAAUCUUCAGGUAGUGCCUCGCUGACAAAUGCCAUGAAAAGCAAGAUGGCCGACAUGUUUGAAGUCACCCCUGUUUCUGACUCUGACCCAGAUGAGGAUCAAGAUUAUUAUUGGUCCGAUGAAGAACGAUAAUUACCAGAAAUUUUGUUCUUUUUUAAAAAGAAGGCAAUUUGAGGAUUACGUUGAUGAUGUAGAUGGGUUUGGUGGAAUUCUUGUUCAUAACUCUUAAUGAAUGUUUUAAACAUUUCAUUUUUUUAUACCUUGAUUACAGUCUACUCAUGAAAACAACAUGGUUUUAUAAAUGUGUUGUUUGCAUUGUUUUGAAUAACAGAUUCUGUACGUAGUUUUUCAUUCUGACGAAAGAGGAAGGGAAAUAUUUGUGAUGUUCUCAUUUUCUUUGAUGUACUCAUUUUCCCAUAGAUUAAAGGAACAUGUUGCCUUGGAUCAGACGAAUUGGUCAAUAAAAAGCGUUGGUAACCGUUUGUUAUCAAAUGCAUAUACACUGUAAUAGGAAAGAAGUAAAAGUAGAAUACAAUGAUCUACACAAAUAUGCCUCGAAAUUGCGUGGUUUUCUUUUUACAUCGUAGACUAACACAGUCGGCUAUUUAUCAGAAGCUUUGACGCCCAUAAAUGGCCGACCGUGUUUCCUCGCGACAUUAAAGGAAAUCCCUGCAAUUCCGAAGCAUGUUUGUCUGGCUCUUAUGCAUUUAAAAACAAACGGUUUUAAUUUUUUAAAUGCUUUCAAAAAGACCAACUCGACCGAUCCAAGACAACGUGUUCCUUUAACAGAAGUCCUAUGUGAGUGUGGAAAAUGUACUCUCUAGCCUAAUGUUCAAAUGGUCUGACUGCCAUUGUAGAUGAUACCCUUCCAGUGCAAAAUUUGUCAACAUCCCAAAAACCAGGGUUCAAUUUCUUGGCUCUGCUUACCGCCGAAUUCGUGCUUACGGUCACCAUUUUCCGCUUUUUGUCCUAGCGCUGAAGCAAAAAUUCCCUGCUAACCCAUGAAAUAUGUUACGCUUGACAUAAGCGCUGAAUUCCCAGCAAAUUAUUUGCUUAUAAGUGGUAAGCAGGGACUUGAAAUAGGGCCCUGAUGACAUCAUUCUGAGGAAAAUGAGUCUGUACAAUGUUUGUACGGGAAUGUUAAUUUUGUUCAUUCCUGAUUUUGAUAUAGUUAAUCAAAACGGCAUUUGAAAUAUGACGUUGUGACCGACAAAAAAAUCCUCAUUGGUAUGUAAAGAUCCAUUGGCAGUUGACAUCUUAUGACUUCCAUGUUUAAAAUUUCGCUCUGAAAAAAUCGGCUAGUAACAAAAACAACAAUGCACAAAAAUGUUCAGACACAUUUAUCUCAGAUUUUGGAUGUACAAAAAUUUUGCACUGGAAUGGUAUCAAAUACAAUUACAAUGUGCAUGUACACCAUUUUAAAGACACUUGACACUUGGUAAUUGUCAAAGACCAGUCUUCUCACUUGGUGUAUCUCAAAAUAAGCUU